AUGAGCGCGCCUUCUCGCCUGCGGUCUGGGUUCCAGUCAACCCCAUAUCCCGCCAACAGACGACGCACCGACUACGACGACGAUGAACCACCAGCGAUAUCAAAGUUCAUCUCGGCGGCCGCGUCGAACAGGAUGGCGAAGCUUCCUUCAGCUCCCGAAAGUGCAGCGCCUCGCAGCAGCGCCGGCAACGCUCCAGUGAUUCCUUUGACGCUUCUCGAUGCACCACAGCAACGCCUCUACGCCUUUGCUGUUUACAUCUUGCUGUGGGCAUGGAAGCUUUACGACUGGCUACAGGUGAUAGAGGACGGCAAUGGCUCUGGGUGGCUGUUCAUGAAAUGGAUCCUCAUCGACUUUGCUUUCAUUUUCGGGCUUCCAGAGCUGCGGAUUCCCUGGUUGGAGCUCUCCCAGCUGGUAGUGAUUGGUGUUUUUGCGUCACAUGUGGUUACUAACUAUAUGCUCAUGUUCAAUAUUCCGCUUCCACUACAGCCUUGGCUCCUCGGCAUUGCCAAAGUCCUCUACGAUCGCGAGAUUUCAGUUUCAGAGCACCACGUCAAGGUCUCCAACAUCCUCAACAACAACUCCCUGAUUAUGGGAAAACAGAUCAUCAACAUUCUUCCAGAAGGUUCUGCCGUCCUCAAUCCCGACCACUCGCCCUUUUGCUUGUCAGGCAAAAGCCAAGUCGCUCUUCCAAUCUAUUUCAACGCCACUGUACCCGUUGAAGUCGAAUUCUUACGUCUCGAUCUUGAGACCGGCAAGGAAGAGAUAAUCAAGGUUUCGAGCCGAGAAAUAAACAAGGUGGCCAAGCUGAUUCGAGAAAACAACGCGGAUCCAGAUGCUGCUCCGUUCCAAUGGAUAUAUCCGGUGAAGAAGCCGGGUGUCUAUCGACUGAACAAGGUGCUGGAUGAAUACAAGCUUGAGGUUCAGAGGCCGAUUAGGGAUACGUAUGUGGUGCCUUGUCCACAGGCCAGGAUUCAGACCGCUGAAUCCUCGGAUCGGUGCAUUCGUGACUUGUCCAACCUAUCGCUCGAUGUUGUUGGAACACCGCCACUAAAGAUACAAUAUUCGCGGUCGAUUAAUGGCAAGAAUCAUGCCUUCCACUUUCAAAGCUUGCAGCCUGAAGGUUUCACCUCGCCACUUAUCAGCACUUCCGGUCUAGGCUUCGACAAUGGCGAUGACGUUUCUUGGGUCAAACCUCAGAAGGUAACAGUGAAGCUAAACGAAUCCAUGGCCACCGCUGGACAAUGGGAAUAUCUGGUAGAAGAAGUUCACGACGCAUUCGGCAAUGCCGUCAAAUAUGCGGACGCAAAUGAGGAACUGGAUUCGCCAAAGACAAAAUGGCUCUCUCAACGAUUUUCCGUCAAGGAACGGCCCAAGAUUCGCAUGCAAGGCUGCGAUCUGAGAAACCCCCUCAGAGUAGCCAAGGGUCGCGCCGCCAAGCUGCCCAUCAGUUUUGGUCUCACUGGCCGCGUGGAGGAUACUUCUCACAAAAUCACUUGGCAGUUCUCACCCAUCGAUUCAAUAACGAACAGCGGCGAUCACGGCGACCAGGUAUCAAUUGGAAGGCAUUCUGCGAAGAAUUCGAUGGACAAGCCGCUAGUUUCAGAGCCUGGUCUCUACACGCUGAAGUCUGUUUCGAGCGGAUCUUGCGAGGGUGAAGUAGAUGAACCUUCUUCUUGCUUGCUGUUGAACCCGCUGGAGCCUCAUUUGUCUAUCCGAACGGAAGAAAUAGCGGACAAAUGUGCUGGCAACUCUGUUGGUCUUCGCGUCGAUCUCGAUCUCGUCGGCACACCCCCAUUCACCGUACGAUACGAUGUCAUCUCCGACGGCCAUGUUGAGAAACAGGCCCAUCGCGUAGAUGCCUUGAGGUCUCAGAUUGAACUCGUUCCUCGCAAAGCUGGGCGUUACAAGUACAUCUUUAGGUCUAUUGACGAUGAUGUAUACACCGGAUUGCCCUUGACAGGCGAAGACAAAGUCCUGGAGCAGGUGGUCAAGCCGGCUGCAUCCGCAUAUAUCUCGAAUCGUGAGAAGACAAUCAGCGCAUGUCUCGAGUCUGAGGUGGAUGUGGAUGUCGUGCUUGCCGGAGAGCCGCCGUUCAGCCUAGAGUGGGAAAUCAUCCACGAUGGCAAACGCAAGCCCGCACGUGCAACGGAUAUCAAGGACUCACACUUUAAGAUCAAGACAUCAUCACUUACUAAGGGUGGAGAAUAUAUUCUUGCUCUUAGCAGUGUUCAGGAUCAACGCGGAUGCCGAACUUUCUUGCAAGACCAGAUGAAGAUUUCGGUGCGUCGCCAGCGGCCACGGGGCGCCUUUGGAUUGAUUGAGCAGAAGAACAGCAUAAUGGCUGUUGAGGACACCGCUCUUCGCCUGCCACUUCGUCUCCAAGGUGAAGGACCGUGGACCGUUUCUUAUCGAAACUUGGAUGGACCUUCGGACAUUAUCACUAAGACGAUAAACGGACCGAAUGACUAUCUUCUGGUUCGGUCGCGAGGCACUUAUGAGCUCGUUGAUAUCGUUGACAAGCAAUGCCCCGGUGUUAUUGAGCCUACAGCCUCUAAAUUCGAGGUAGACUGGUUCCCCAGGCCAGAGAUAUCCGUUGUCACAUCCAACAGCAUCACGUCGUCUAAAGCUGGCGUGUUUGUUAAACAAGAAAUUUGCGAAGGCGAUAUCGAUGGCUUCGAAAUCAGCCUCAAAGGAUCGGCUCCAUUCCACGUUGAAUAUGAAGUUAGACACAAGCCAGCGCAGGGUGCUGCUUCCCUUAGCCAAAGACGCUUUGAUGCUGCUUUGUCUAAGGCGGCUGUUGCUAUGGACACAUCCAAAGCUGGCGACUACACUUACAAGUUUUCUGAAUUGGCAGAUAACCUCUACAACAGCGAUAAGCACUUCACUCCUUUGCUCGUUCAGCAGCGCGUAAAUGCCAAGCCUACUGCCGCUUUCGGCAAGCCAGGUCAAACAUUCAAGUACUGCCUAGAAGAGCAAGAGCAAGAAGAUGUGAUCCCCAUCACACUUACUGGUGUUCCACCCUUCUACGUCGAAGUGGAAAUCAAGCAUCAAGUUGGAUCUACCCCGGAAACCUAUCGAAUCCCCGCAAUUCAGACCAACAACUAUGGCAUGUCUAUUCCACGCCAGCAUCUGCGCCUGGGCAACCAGCAGCUGCUCCUUCGCACUGUCCGAGAUGCGCGAGGCUGCCAGAGGAAAUAUGAUGUUGGUGGGCCAUCUAUACAAAUCCAACUGUAUGAUGCCCCUUCGAUAUAUCCGUUGGAGUCACGCAAAGAUUACUGCAUCGGCGAGCGUAUCGCGUACACCCUGUCUGGCACCCCGCCAUUUGACAUUGCUUAUGACUUCAACGGCCAGUGGAAUGCAAAAUCGCAUACAACUAGCUUCAGGCGUAUUGCCGAGAAGCCCGGCGAGUUUACUAUUACCAGCAUCUCUGACAAGGCUAGCGAAUGUCGCGCUUCUGUGAAUAUUCCUGUAACAAUCCAUCCUCUACCUAGCGUGCAGAUUAGCCGUGGCAAGAUGUCUCGGGUGGAUAUCCAUGAAGGAAACGAGGUGGAUAUUCUCUUCGAAUUCUGGGGCACUCCUCCGUUCGAAUUCACCUACACACGAAGCAGCAACGCCAAGAAGGGACAGCGAAGCGUCAUUCUCGAAACUAGACAUGACAUCUCGUAUGACCACAGCAAGGUUGUCAAAGCUAGCCAGGAGGGUACGUAUGAAGUUGUUGCAAUCAAGGACAAGUUCUGCUCCUUCUCAACACAACAGGUGGAUCACAAGAAACCGCGGUAA